AUGUGGCUAGACGGUGGGCUUCGACGCGUGAUUCUUCGCCUCCUUUUUGGUAGUGCUACCGGUGCAUUGGUCGUAGCAAUUCUUCACAUCGCUUUCAAGGGACUGUGCAGCACUCCAUGGGAAGCUGUUUGCUUGUUGGUAAAUUUGGUUGCUGUCGUAAGCUCGACUAUCUUUGAGUUCGUGACGCGGGGUUGCAAACCCAAAUUCAAGAAUUGGACGCUUAGCUUUGAGAUUUUACGUGCUGUCAUCCGAGAAUGUUCCCGAAGUCCCCGUGGCGAACGAAUGGUAAUGAUUGCGAAGCAUGCGCGUGCGAUCCGAUCGCACAGUGCUGCCUUUGGUACAGUCCUGGGGUGGCUCGCUUGUCGUCAGCAUGGCCGACGUAUUCAAGCUGUGCAUACUAAUGGCCUUGAACAUAUUUGGCUUCGACCUGCAGCGCCGCUAACACCCACGGCCAAGCGCUUCGUGAUACUCUAUGUUCACGGUGGUGGGUGCACGAUCAUGAGCCCCAGAUUCUACAUUUCUUUCGGAGUAUCGCUCUCCGUCGCGAUUGAGAAGGAGCUUUGUCAACAACUUGGCAAUCAAGACCCUGUCCAAGUCGACGUUUUUCUAGGGAACUACCGAAAGGCACCUGAACACUGCUUCCCUAUACCCCCUGAAGACACAGUCAUUGCAUAUAAAUACCUGCUCCACACAGAGGGUAUUCCUCCGGAGCAGGUCAUUCUUGCGGGUGACAGUGGUGGUGGUGGACUGGUGAUGUCCACACUGCUACGAAUGCGAGACUCGGACAAAGAGCGCCUGCCUUUGGCUGCUAUCCUAAUUUGCCCCGCUGUAGAUUUGUCAGAGAUCGAAACACACGGUGAUCCGGAGGCAUCAUCAGCGCACUGUCUGUUAUCUCCAGCGAUGAUUGCUGCUGGACGAGUGGGUUACCAUACGACAUCAGCUGACCCAACGACUUGGUUAGACGCUUCAUCCGUCCAUUGUGAUCUGCGUGGACUUCCACCUGUUUUCGUGCAAGCUGCUAGCCUCGACUAUAUUUACCAGCAUUCGGUGCGACUUGUUAAAAAAGCAGAGAAUGACGGUUUGACGGACUGGGAAUUAGAUGUGCAUGAGAAUCUUCCUCAUGCUUUUACUGUCUUUCCGUCCUAUGUGCUCCCGUAUGCGCAGAUUGGUGUGCGAAGGUUGGCAUUUUUUGCUGCAAAGCACUUUGCCAAGUCUUUUUGUUCUGUUGCCACGAAGAAGGAUGUAACUGCGAAUGUACUCUAG